GUAAUCGUGAAAUACGGACGACGCGUGUACAAGUCCGAAGCCCUCGCGAUGCAACUCGUGCGCGACGCCACCACUGUUCCUCUGCCGAGCGUUCACGCAUAUUUCUCCGAGCCCGCCACCGACGCGCAAGAACGCUGUGGAUACCUCGUUAUGGAGAAGGUCCCCGGGAUCCCUCUUGUCGACGCCCUACCGCGACUCGACGAGCCUUCCUGCGACAAGAUAGCGUCGCAGCUCCGCGCGUACCUGUCCUCCCUGCGCUCCAUCAGCAGUGCGGGAAGGUGGGGAAUAGUCGGAAGAAACGGCGUCUUUCAUGGCGGGCUCUUCAGAUACCUGCAUCGCCCGCUCACGGAGGAGCAGUGGGAACACGGCAACUCAUGUGUGGCGACUUGCACGAAAGACGUCUUCGAAUACUUCGCGAAGGCGUCCGACGACAGGCAUGGAGUACGAUCGCAGCAAGUCAAGCAGAUGGCCCCUAACAUCGACUACUCGAGGCCCGCGAUGUUCUCCCAUGGCGACCUCGUCCCCGAGAAUAUCAUGGUCGACGAGGCGAGUGGCACGAUCACGUCGAUCAUUGACUGGGAGCGAGCCGGGUGGUACCCGUAUUUCUGGGACGACAGCCUCGCUUCG